AUGAGAAUUUUUGCUGGUCGACUGUCAUCAGAAGUAAGUUUCAAACCUUUGACUUGUGGUAUAUUUGUAACUCAUAGCUAUUAAUAUUAACUUUAAAAAAAUCUGAAAAUUUUAGUUUUGGCAGAGAGUUAUAAAACAUGUGGCUUCAAUGGAAGAUACUUGUUCACUUGCAGUAGUAAACAAGUAUUUUUACAAACUUGUCAACAUGGAUUUUAAGAAAUUAUGCUACGAUCAUGUACUGUAUCGACUGAAAGGCGAAACCUGGGCGUACGCUUUUUCAAAGUAGGUUUUUAAAAUUCAGUAAUUUUAUAAAUUAAACCCCGAAUUACUAUAUUAAUAUGUAUUAUUUCUAGCUUUGGAACACGCGUUUGCUCUGAUACUGUCGGAAGAAUGGUUUGUUGUCCAUUUACAGGAAAAAUGGUUAUCAAACUAAAACAUAGUACCUAUGUUUUACUAACUAACCUCGAUUUUGGACUAAUGGAAUUUACUUUGAUUGACUUUAGAUCAUAUGUACAUGAAAUAUAUGACAUUAGUAUGAUAAAUCGUGGGAAACUACUUGUAAUACAUAGUAAUAGUUCCAAUGUCAUUUAUGAUUUACAACUUAUGAAAGUGAUAUCUGAUUGUGAGCAGAACCGGAAAUAUUACAACAACGAACAAAUUGGUUCUGUUUUUGACUCGUAUAGUCAAAAAGAAUUCAAGCUUGAAGCUAAUACUUCUAGCGGAGUUAUUAUAUACCAUCUUAAUCCUUUUGACAACUGCAAAUAUGUUGCAGUACAUACAGCAGACAACAAACUUGUCAUAAUCGAUAGUGAGACAGAUGAAAGAUACGAAAUAUGUAAGAUGACAAGACCAAAGUGUAUUAUGGUAAAUAGCGAACAUAGUUUUGUUGUGUUUCAGAGUAUUCUUGGUGAGUAUAGUAUAUUUGUCUUUUUGUAAAAUAAACUAUAAUAUACAACUUUAAAUCUAAAUUUUAGGAACUAACGUGGGAUUUCGAAUAUACAGCAUCAAAAGGAGGAAGUUCGUUUUUGAGUCAGAAGGUAAACCGAAUUAAAGAUAUGCAAAUCAAAUAAAAAAAAUCCGUAUUACUUCUAAAUUGUUAAUCACUUUGCUUUUCAGAUCUACGUUGGCACAUGUUGAAUUCUGUUACUAUUUUUCAUUCGGUAACUAAAUCGGUAAGGUUUUGAUACUUACAUUAGGGUGGAUCGCAUCUUUUAUAGAUUAUAGCUGUAUAUAUAUAGUGAUUGAGAAGAUAACCGUUAUGUCCAAAACUCGUUUUGCCACAAACUUUUGUACCAUACUAGAACUAAAUAAACAAAAAAAUAAAAAAAAACUUUUAAAAAUCCGCAUUUGUCCUAGCGCCGUUACAGUUCAAGUUUCUUCAAAAUCUUAGGCUUAAAUUAUAAUAAUUUUUCAGUUUUUGGUCUACAACAAACAAACAGACAACUGGAUUGAAGUUAAAACAUAUCCCGAACAGCUUAAGCUAAUUACACCUAAAAAUUACCUUUGCGGCAGCAGAAUGCGAGCGAAAAAAGUGAUGGAAAUAUAUUUGAAUGAGAAUAAUAACCGAAUCUACAAACACAUCUUUUAUCGUUUUGACAAAGGUAUGUUGUUACCUCGUUUGACCCUAGCCAUAGCCUGUUCUAUUCUAAUUAUUGUUAGUUUAGAUAAGAUUCGUGUAAAAACGUUUGAUUUUGAAAGUCGGGAUAACCAUGUUAAUUUCCAUAUAUGGAAUUUGUCGAAGAUGACGUUUCCCAUACUGAAGAAUAGAGAAGGUGACUUUUACAAUUGCUUCACUAAUUUACAUAUUGCCGACGAAAAAGUAGCGGUAAUUUACGGCAGAACUGGAGCAAUGGAAAAUUACAAGUUUAAAUUAUUUAUUUGA